GAAGAAUAUUGAAAAUUUUAUAUACAUAUAUUUUUCAAUAUAUAUAUGAUUUUAUAAACAUCAGUCCCUCUAUAAAAUCACAUAUCCAAUCUAAGUUAAAUAACAGCCAAUAAAAAAAAUCUUUUAAAGAAAAAAGAUGGCGACAAAUACCGCCGCUACCACCGCCGGAAAACACCAACUCCACACUCAAAGGUUGCUCCGCCGCACGUAUUUCAACCGGGCAUUCGCCGUCGUUUACUCACUGGCGCUCUUAGCCUUACUCUACCGACAGGCAUUGUCACUUGUGGGCCCCAUUUCCUUAGCUUCCAUUUCCAUGCUCAUUGCCGACCUCGUUCUCGUUUUCGUGUGGAUAGCUUCUCAGGCGUGUCGGAUGAAACUGAUUUCCCGCGAAGUUUAUGUGGAAAAUCUUCACAAAGUAAUCACUUCUAAGGAGGAUUUUCUGGGUCUGGAUAUUUUCAUUUGCACGGCUGACCCGUUUAAAGAGCCGCCUUUAAAUGUGGUGAACACGGCCUUGUCGGUGAUGGCUUAUGACUAUCCGCCGGAAAAGUUGUCAGUUUAUGUGUCCGACGACGGUGGGUCGGAGUUGACUUUGUUCGCUUUCAUGGAGGCUGCUAAAUUCGGAAGGUUUUGGUUGCCUUUUUGCAAGCGAAAUAACGUUAUGGAUAGGUGUCCUGAUGCUUACUUCAAGUUGAAUUAUUCUCCAAGUCCUGAGGCUCAAACCAUUAAGGAUAUGUAUGAGAAGAUGAGGAUGAAAAUAGAAAGCGUGAUGGAGAAAGGAAAGGUGACAGAUGAAUACAUCACCAGUGAAGAAGAGCUUCAAGCUUUUAGUCAAUGGAAAGAUGGAAUAUUUACUCGUCAACAGCACCCCUCUGUCAUUCAGGUUUUGUUGGAAGGUAGCAAGGAUAAAGACAUAGAAGGAAACCCCAUGCCCAACCUGGUUUACAUUUCAAGAGAGAAAAGCAAGGCCUCACCCCAUCAUUUCAAGGCUGGAGCCCUAAAUACCUUGCUUCGAGUAUCAGCAGUAAUGACGAAUGCACCAAUCAUACUCACUUUGGACUGUGACAUGUACUCAAACGACCCGAAAACAGCCCAAAGAGUGCUCUGCUUCAUAAUGGAUCCUCCAUAUCCCAAAUUAGGCUACAUACAGUUUCCUCAGAUUUAUCAUGGUUUGAACAAAGCUGACACAUAUGCAGCUGAGCUUAGGCAAAUUUUUCAGAUCAAUCCAAUGGGUUUAGAUGGCAUUCGCCACGUAAAUUAUGUUGGUACCGGAUGUUUUUUUAAUCGCCGGGUUUUCUUUGGUGGACCGUCAUCCUUAAUUCCAUUAGAGAUUCAAGAACUAAGGCCAGAUUAUGUUGUUAAACAACCCAUUAAGUCUGAACAAGUAAUGAACUUGGCGCAUCAGGUUGCCGGAUGCAACUAUGAUGAAGAUCACACUGAUUGGGGCUCAAAGAUUGGACUGAAAUAUGGAAGUGUGGUGGAGGAUUUCUACACGGGAUAUCGACUUCAAUGUGAGGGAUGGCAUUCUAUAUUUUACCAUCCUAAAAGACCUGCAUUUCUUGGUGAUGUACCAAUUUCCCUUCAUGAUUCUCUAAGCCAAAAUAAGCGAUGGGCUGUUGGACUUUUAGAAGUUGGUUUAUCAAAGUAUAGUCCUGUUACAUUUGGAGUGAAAGCCAUGGGGAUUUUUGCAGCUUCCACUUAUGCCCACUAUGCUUUGUGGCCCAUAUGGUCUAUUCCUAUAACCAUAUAUGCUUUCAUUCCGCAACUCAGCAUGCUGAACAAUAUUCCCGUUUUCCCAAAGGUAUCUGAUCCUUGGUUUUUCUUGUACUCAUUUCUAUUUUUGGGAGCAUAUGGACAACAAUUACUGGACUUCAUUUUAAGCCAAAGUACAAUCGGAAGGUGGUGGAGUGAUCAAAGAUUUUGGCUCUUAAGAGGGCUCACCUCUCACCUGUUUGCAACCUUUGAAGUCCUAACCAAGAGUCUAGGAAUCAAUAUUGCGACACAGGGAUUCAACGUGACAAGUAAAGUAAUAGAUGAUGAACAAGGGAAGAGGUAUGAUCAAGGGAUAUUCGAGUUCGGAGUGGCAUCGCCAAUGUUUGUGCCUAUGUCCAUGGCGGCAAUCCUCAACUUGGUUGCUUCCAUCUACGGUUUUCUGGUGAUCAAUUUUGAUGGCUUCUUCGCUCAAAUGUUUCUAGCUGGUUUUGGAGUGUUGAAUUCCUUACCAAUUCUUGAAGCCAUGAUAUUGAGAAGUGAUAAAGGAAGAAUGCCAACCAAAGUCACCAUCAUCUCGGCCUUUCUUGUUUUAGUUAUUUAUGGUGCUAGUUUACUUGUACUAUAGAUAUAGCCCUGUAGCUAGGUGCAUAGAGGAAGAGCUUUGAUUUGCUUUUGCAAAUAAAUAUUCAUUUGUACACUUUAAGUUUUACAUUGAAUUAAUUACUCCCUCUGUUCCAAAAUUAUUGUUCAGUUUGGGAUUUUACUUUUAGCAUAAUUUGAACUAGAAAUGAAAACCCAAACUGGACAAUAAUUAUGGGACGGAGGAGUACAUGUUUAUAAACCAUAUCUCAAUGAGGGUAUAAAACAUAAAUGAAGGUGAUAUUAUAAGAAUGUUUAUACUAAUUGGGAGAAAACAAUAAAUGUGAAAAUACGUUUUUAUAAGUUUUAUUUUUAAUUAGAAAAAAAUGAUAAAUAAAAUUCAAGAGAAAUCAAAUUUACUUUUUA